CUGCAAACCAGAAGCCUGGAAGAAAGAAGACGGUAUCAUUUAGCAGCAUGCCGUCCGAAAAGAAAAUUAGUAGUGCCAGUGACUGCAUCAGUUUCAUGCAAGGCGGUUGCGAACUGAAGAAGGUCCGCCCAAAUUCACGCAUUUAUAACAGAUUUUUUACAUUAGACACUGACUUGCAGGCCUUACGAUGGGAGCCUUCCAAAAAGGAUCUUGAUAAAGCAAAGCUGGAUAUUAUUGACAUUAAAGAAGUCACAGUUGGAAAGAACACAGAAACAUUCAGAAAUAAUACAUUAGUUGAUCAGAUUUCUGAAGAAGCUGCCUUUUCAAUUAUACAUGGAGAGAAUUAUGAGUCACUAGACUUGGUGGCUCAUUCCGCUGAUGUUGCAAAUAUUUGGGUUUCUGGUCUAAGAUACUUGCUUUCUCACAGUAAGAGGCCUUUGGAUUUAAUUGAAGGUAAUCAGCCUACAUUGAGAUUCACGUGGUUGUCCUCUGUUUUUGAUGUGGCUGAUGUGGAUGGGUAUGGAAUCAUGUUAGAAGACACAGCAGUAGAACUUAUAAAGCAGUUGUACCCGGGUUUGAAAGAAUCAAAAACAAGACUAAAAUUCAAAGAAAUCCAGAAGAGCAAAGAAAAACUGACAACAAGGGUAACAAAGGAGGAGUUCUGUGAGGCGUUCAGUGAGUUGUGUACUAGGCCAGAGGUAUAUUUUUUAUUAGUACAGAUCUCAAAAAAUAAAGAACACCUUGACUGCCAAGAUCUGAUGAUGUUUUUAGAAGUUGAGCAAGGCAUGACUCAUAUCACUGAAGAAAUGUGUUUAGAUAUUAUUCGGCAGUAUGAGCCUUCAGAAGAAGGCCGGCAUAAGAAAUGUAUUGGCAUCGAUGGCUUCACACAGUACCUCUUGUCCUCAGAAUGUGAUAUUUUUGAUCCAGAACACAAAAACGUUUAUCAAGACAUGACACAGCCUCUUUCUCAUUACUAUAUCAACUCUUCCCAUAACACAUACUUAAUAGAAGACCAGUACAGGGGACCAGCUGAUGUAAAUGGCUAUGUCAGAGCACUAAAAAUGGGGUGCAGAAGUAUUGAGCUAGAUGCUAGUGAUGGUCCAGAUGGUGAACCAAUCAUAUGCAAUCGUAACAACAUGAAUUCGGUACUUUCCUUCCAUACUGUGAUAGAGGUGAUUAACAAGUAUGCAUUUGUAGCAUCAGAAUAUCCACUCAUACUAUGUCUGGGUCACCACUGUUCUGUGGAGCAACAGAAGAUUAUGGCACAGCACAUGAAAAAAAUUUUUGGGAAAAAACUCUUUACCGAGCCUGCAACAGCUACACAGUUAUUCUUGCCAUCCCCUGAGAAGUUACGAAAAAGAAUUAUCAUCAAAGGGAAAAAACUUUUAACAGGAAAUGAGUCUUCUGGAGAUGUUACAGAUGAGGAUGAAGAGGCUGAAAUGUCCCAAAGGAUGAAUGAAGAUGACUUCAUUGAGAAGAAAUUGAUAAAAUUGUGCCGACAGCUCUCAGACCUAGUGGCUGUUUGCAAAUCUGUUCAGUUCAAAGACUUUGAUUUUUCUAUGAAGAGCCAAAAAUGUUGGGAAAUAUGUUCAUUCAGUGAAACAGAGGCAAGCAAAUUUGCCAAUGACUAUCCAGAAGACUUUGUUAAUUAUAAUAAGAAGUUUUUGUCCAGGGUAUACCCUAGUCCAAUUAGAAUAGAUUCCAGCAAUGUAAAUCCCCACGAUUUUUGGAACUGUGGAUGUCAAAUUGUGGCCAUGAACUAUCAAACUCCUGGGCAAAUGAUGGAUCUGAACACUGCAUGGUUUUCACAGAAUGGGGGCUGUGGAUAUGUUCUUCGUCCUUCUGUUAUGCGGGAUGAGGUAUCUUAUUUUAGUGCUAAUACCAAGGGGGUUGUCCCUGGAGUCUCUCCUCAGGUUUUACAUAUUAAAGUAAUAAGUGGUCAGAACUUCCCAAAACCAAUGGGAGCAUGUGCAAAAGGUGAUGUCAUAGACCCCUAUGUAUGCAUCGAGAUACAUGGAAUUCCUGCUGACUGUGCCGAGCAAAGGACUAAAACAGUUCCUCAAAAUGGUGACAAUCCUAUUUUUGAUGAAAGCUUUGAGUUCCAGGUGAACCUACCAGAACUUGCUCAGGUUCGAUUUGUGGUUUUGGAUGAUGACUAUAUUGGUGAUGAAUUUAUUGGGCAGUACACUAUUCCAUAUGAAUGUUUGCAGCCUGGUUACAGACAUGUUCCUUUGCUCACUUUUGUUGGAGAACCCAUUGAAAACAGUACGCUGUUUGUUCACAUUGCAGUAACAAACCGGAGAGGGGGUGGAAAGGCGCAGAAGCGUGGUCUUUCUGUAAGAAAGGGGAAGAAGGCCAGAGAAUACACCAUGAUGCGACAUACAGGAAUCAGAACUAUUGAUGAUGUUUUUAAACUUGCAGUACAUCCACUGAGAGAUGCUACAGAUGCUAGAGAAAACAUGCAGACUGCCAUAGUGUCCGUUAAAGAGAUGUGUGGCCUUCCUUCUAUCUCCAGUCUUAAGCAGUGCAUGCUGAGUCUGGCUUCAAGACUGCAGAACAGUGACAACACACCCUGUGUAUCUCUCAGCAUGAAGGAAAAUUACCCAUACCUGGAGCCAGUGGGAGCAAUAACUGAGGUACAGAGAAAGCUUCUGGCUGCAUACGACCUGAUGAUACAGGAGAGCAAGUUCCUUAUAGAAGCAGCUGACAGCAUCCAUGAGAAAAUUGCCCGGUGUCAUAAAGAAGGGAUGGAAUUCCAUGAAGAACUCCAUAAACUUGGAACAAAGGAAGGUUUAAAAGGAAGAAAGCUAAGCAAGGCUGCUGAAGGUUUUGCAUGGAAUAUCACUGUUCUAAAGGGGCAAGGUGACCUCUUGAGAAAUGCGAAGAACGAAGCAAUAGAGAACUUAAAGCAAAUUCAACUGGCCUGCUUGUCUUGUGGAUUCUGUAAACCAGGAAGUGGACCUCCAGAAACUAAACACAAACGAGGUUUACAGGUCAUACAAGAAAAAGACUUAAGAGAAGCAUAUGGAAAAACAUAAUUCUGAGCUAAAAUAACAGACUUGAAUGUAAAGAAAACACUGGGAACUCUAUUUGCUACACAUUUCAUUUCCACUCACAACCCUUAAGCUGCCUGUAUUUUAACACCAAAACCCAUACAAAAGUUACAUUUUUACUAUUAAUUCUGUCAAUACAUAUUGGUCUGUGAUAUUCUGAGUUUCCCUUUAAGUGAUUCUGCUGUAGUGCACCAGUUUUUAGCUACUUGAUUACCGUUGGAAAACCAGCAUAGUGUUGAUUACAUUAUGGAAAAAGAAAAUCAGAGGUGUAGCAAACCAUCACAUCCUGUAAAUGCAGCCAAACACUUAUUAGUCCCUUUGUCAGAGGAUUUUCAAAAUGUAGAUAGAUUUUAUUAUAGCUUACCUCAUGCACUCAAAAAAGUUAAAAACAGUACAUACACACUAGGCUGUCCGGAAAUCAACUGCUAUUCAUUUUAUUUAUUUAUAGAAACAUUGUUAAAAUCUGCAGAUGGAGUAGUCUUUGCUAAUAUGGAGGUAAAAAUCUAAAUGGACAUUUGUUAUUAUUGUUGCAGGCACAACACAGAAGAAGCCAUUUUCACUGCACGACUCAAGAUUUGUCAUGGCAACAGUUUGUUAUAUUGUAGUGUAUAUAGUAAAAGUGUCUAUUUAUGAUAUUUCCAGUUACCUAGAAAAUAACAAUGUCUUUUAGUAGCAUUGUAAGCUAUAUAAUACACUGGAUGGGGUUCAGUGUUCCUGUGAAUAUUGUAAACACAUCCCAGGUAUAAGGUACUUUAUAAACAGCACCAGGACUCUAAGAAUAAAAAAAUGGCCUUAGUAUUUAACUCUAGGUUAUAUGUUCUUUUUAUAAUGUAUAUUAUUAUUAUUAUUUGAACAAAAAGAGAUGAAACAUUUAAAUAUUGUCUUAGUUUUCUAGUUGGUGAAUUCAGUACAAGAACUGUAAUACUAAUGUAUGCUUUCCUUUGAGAACAACAACCUCAUUUUAUGUUAUAUGCAGUAAACAAAUUAUUUCUUCUAA